AUGACGGACAAGGACUCCGAAUGCGGGUGUGACGACCCCCCGAGAGAGCUGGUCCUGUGUUUCGAUGGCACGGGAAAUACUUUUCGUGCAGACGGCGGCGAGAGUAACAUCCUCAAGAUCUUUCGGAUGCUAGAUCGAACCAAGCACAAUCGAUUCUGCUACUACCAACCUGGCAUUGGAUCAGACAUAACGCCCGGCUCGGUCGCUCACGCCGUCCUGCGCCCCAGCAGCAAGUCCUGGACUCCAAAGGCCUUUGACCUUGCGCUUGCGACGUCGUUCGAUCAGCACGUCAUCCGGGGCUACCGCUUCCUUGCGCGCCGAUGGGUACCAGGUGCCAAGAUCUACCUCUUUGGUUUCUCUCGAGGCGCCUACACAGCUCGCUUCCUGAACGAGAUGCUUGAUUAUGUAGGCCUUCUCUCUGCGGACAACGAGGAGCUGAUCCCCUUCGUCUGGGAGGCGUUCACGCAGUGGAAAUUCUCAGAGGGUGAGGAGCCAGAGGAGCGUCUGGGUGCAAUGAAAUGCCUCAGUGUGAGUCGGGAGACGAUGUGUCGACCCGUUGGCCAAGUCCACUUCCUGGGCUUGUUCGAUACGGUCAACAGCGUGGCCGAGUUUAACAAGGAGAGUAGCACACGGCCAAGCCCGAAGAUUAUGAGACACGCCGUCAGUAUUGAUGAGCGGAGGAUCAAAUUUCAGCCCGUACUGUUCGAGAGCAAGCUGGGCACGGGAUCACCGGACGUGAAGCAGAGCGUCAAAGACUGGAAGAAUGGGCCCGAAAACAUUUACGACUCGGACAACGACGGUGAAUCCUCGAUACUCGAGGCCGACUUUGAGGAGGUGUACUUUGCCGGAAACCAUGGCGACGUUGGAGGAGGCUGGCCGAGCAAGUCCUGGCCCACCAGCCAGAUCCCUCUGACAUGGAUGGUUCAGGAAGCCAUCAAGGCGGGGCUUACGUUCGAAAGUGACAAGCUUGAGGCACUCGGCUGCCAAGAUCCUGCAACAAGUGAAAAGGGUCAAGACAUCGUACGCCGGGCUGAGCGCGCUAAGAUCCACGAUUCCUUGGACUAUGAUAGUGGGAGACCAACUGAGGCUUUCUUCUGGAGAUUCCUGGAGUGGAUUCCCUUUAAAAGACCAAAGAUAACGCCGGAUGGUUCGGUCAAGAUGACUCGAUGGCAGGCAAGAGGUUCACGAAGGCCGCUGCCCAAAGAUGCCAAAAUUCACGGCAGCGUCAUUCGACGAUUGCGAGCCGAGCCGAGCUACCGACCGUACAAUCUGGGACUUGGGAACAAGCCAAAUGAGAUGGACAAGGCGGAAGAAGACCGAAAUAUUGGAGAAUGGAGGCAAAUCGAGAACGACGGCUUGCGUGACUAUUGGGUCAAGGUUUAG